AUGUCUAAAUUGGUUCGUAAAAUCAUAAAUACGCCAAAGGCACCAAAGUCUAUUGGACCGUACAAUCAAGGUGUAGUUGUGAAUAACGCAUUAUAUGUUUCAGGCCAGUUGGGUCUGGUUCCUGAUACAAUGCAGUUUGCUGGAGAUGAUGUAGCGUCACAAACUCAUCAGUCUCUUAAAAAUAUCAAAGAAAUUGUCCAGUCUGCUGGCUUCACUAUGCAGGAUGUUGUUAAGACUACUGUUCUCUUAGCCGAUAUGAACGAUUUUGGAGAAGUUAAUAAGAUAUAUGAGCAAUAUUUUCCAGAUCCAUAUCCAGCUCGGGCUGCUUACCAAGUGGCAUGUUUGCCGAAAAAAUUGAAGCGGUUGCAAUUCAGGAGGAAUCAUUAUCUAAAGAAAAUUAAAGAUAUUUGUCUAUUAAAGUUUCAUACACUAGUAAUGAAUAAAGAAAAUCGAAAUUCUUCACAACUUUGGAGUAUUCUUGCUCGUGCAGUCAAGUAUAGUUACAAAGAAGGAAAGAUUAAACUACCUUACAGCGGAUUCUUGGAAACCAAUCCUUUAAUGAUAAAGGUUUUUGGAAUCCACGUAUUAGAACAUUUAGCGGAGAUUGAUGAAAAUACAUUAUGGUUGGAGCUUGUGCCACGUCCAGUUAUUUAUCAGUCAAAUAAUUCAAUUGAAUUACCCACCAUUGUUUCAUCUUUACAUAUACGAGUCUAUGAAGCGCUUAGCAAUACUAAAACAGCUGAUUCUUCUUGUAUGAAUCCAUUAUUAGAUGUAUUAACUGGUUUCGAUAACACAGGGAAUGUUCAUUUAUGGUCCAGCGAAAUUUUAUUAGCUCAUAGUAUGUUUUGUGAUUAUCUUUAUCCUGGUCUAUGGAGUGAAUUAUACAAAAAUUUUAAUGAUCAUCCAAUUGAAAAUGUCUGUGAAUUAUGUGCUGGUAUGACUGGUGCUGCUGGUCUGGCUAUUUCUGUACGUAAAUAUUCCAAUAUAUUUAAAACAUCCUAUGUAUUGAUUACUGAUGGCAAUGAUCACUGUGUUGCAUCAAUCUCCUCUAUUGUUGAACAUCAUUCUAAACGUUUAUUGGAUAAUUGCAGUCCUAAUCAACCUUUCCUGCUACACAUGGAUGUAAAGAAUAUACGAUGGCCUAAAGAUUCGUCACAAUCAUCAUCGUCAUCGAUUGCUCAACUAGAUGAAUCAUUGGUUCAUCGAUUUGACUUAAUUAUAGCUGCUGAUUGUUUCUUUGACCAGUUCUACCAUUUUAGUAUGUUGAAUACAAUCAAUAAAUUAUUGUCUUUACAAUCUGGAUCAACAUUUCUAGCCAUUUCACCUUUACGUGGUAAUAGUCUGCAUAAUUUCAUCAAUUUGGCUCAUCAGACAGAACAGGCUUAUAAUUGGAUUGUGAAAUUAAUAUCACCAUCAGAUUACUUAUCGUCGCAAUUGAUCAGUUAUUUAAUUGAUGAAUCGAAUCGUAUUAAUUUGACCGACAGUGAAUUAGAUAAUCGAAUUGUGGUCGGCGGCCUUGCGUUAUUUGCAACAGCUGUCUUCAUUAGAUUUUAUAAAUUAACUGUUGUACAACCCAAAAACUAUCUUCGUUCAAUGUCUCAGUGUUCACCACUUAUUAAAAGCAUGUCUUGGGGUUCCAUUACAGUGGAAACAGUAUCCGAAGAUGGAACAAUCAAUCCAAACAAAUUAGUCACAUAUCGAGAUGCAAAACUUUGGCCAAACGGCAGCCGUGCUUGGGAUUGGAACGAGUCUGGCACUGGUCAUUUUGCAGGAAUACAGAACCAGGAUGUUGACGAAUUACUCAGAUAUAAACCAAAUAUUAUUAUACUGAGUAAAGGAGUAUUAUCUCAGUUAAAAGUGCCUCAAUCAUUAAUUGAUUAUAUAAAUCAAUCUGAUCCACAUAUUAAGGUAAUGGUACAGACAAGUAAAAAAGCAUUCGAAUCGUAUAAUCAAUAUGCGAUUCAAGGUGAACGUGUUGCCGCUUUAAUACACACUACCUGUUGA